AUGAACAAUUCCAUAAUUACUGAUGAUGAGGUUAGAGAGUUUUACUUAAACUGCUCUUCUCAAACAAUUAUUGAAUCUCUUCUCAGCUUGCACGAGUCAUUGAGAUUAUAUUCUCAAAACCAUGAGAUACUGCUCAAUAGGAUGUUCAAAAAAUUGGAUGAAACCAAUGCAGACUCUAACAUAUCCCAUAUAUUCAUGCCUGUUGUGAGCAAGGAUUUUUCAGGAAUAAAAAUUCUUGUGAAUAACAACAACAAAAAUUUUCAAGGUGUGAUAAAUGUUAUUGAGCCUGAAACAGGAAAAUUAAUCGGAUGUUUUGAGGCUAAACAAAUUACCGCUAUAAGAACUGCCCUUGCAUCGUGUAUCGGUUUAUAUAAGCAACUCUCAUGUUCCCAUGAUAAGUUGUUUAGAUUUGAAAAUGGCACUUGCUAUUUAACAUGUUUUGGUACCGGUCUCCAAGCAUUUUGGCACAUAUACAUAGCUAUUAAACUAAUCAUGUCAGGGAUUGUUGGCGAAUCUUUGAAGUUAGUUGAAAUAAACAUACUAUAUCACAAUAACAUGAUGAGUUUGGAUCGUUUGAAAUCAUUGAAAAACUUAUUUGGAAGUAAUAUAAAGAUAGAGCUUAAUCAGUAUCAAAUAAACGACAUCAGUUCAGAAGGUAAUGGCGCUGUUUCUAACAGUGAUAUUAUCUUUGGUUGUCUACCUACUCUAGAGCCCAACUUGUUUUUGAGGCAGUUGCUAAACAGUAAAGCUUCUGUGGAGCAGAAACAUACUUAUAUCUCAUUAAUUGGAAGUUACAAACCAGUGAUGCACGAAUGCGAUAAGGAGUUGAUUGAUAAGUUCAAAUCUGAUAAUGAAAGCGCUUGCAUUUUGGUAGAUUCAAGGGAACAUACUUUAUUGGAAUCUGGAGAAUUAAUCGAUUCCAAUAUCGCUCCACAUAAUCUCAUCGAAAUUGGUGAAUUAGAUACUUUGAAAAACACAGUUUUGAAUUUGAACGAAAAGGGCUGCAAAAGAACUAUCACCUUGUGUAAAAUUGUUGGUCUAGCGGUUAUGGACGUGGCGCUUGCUAAGGAAUUCUUAAGCUUGAGAACAAAAAACACAGAAAACAAGGAAUAA